GCGGAGAGGCGAGGCAGGCUGGCGGUUUGUUUUCCCGUGGGGAAUGCGGAGCGGGCUCUGGAGCCGCUCGGGGUGCGCGGGGCGACACGGCCCCACUCCUGGGAGCUGGUCCGCCUGCGUAAGGCGGACUUCUUUGCGGCGCUGGGCCUGUGCUGGGCUUGUGGUCCCUCUUGGGGUGCGCUGGACGAAAAAGGGAGAUUUUCAUCAGAAAUGGCUCUUUUCCUAGUCCUGUCUUUCCCUUCUCACGAGUUUUGGAAAGGAACCCUACCGUUUGUGCAGAGACAGUUUGUGUUAAUCCCCUGGAUUAGGAGUUGACUAUGACGAAGCCUGGCAACUUUGAGCGUCACUGCCUUCUGCCGAGAACUCCCUUUCCUGCAUCUGCUGAAUCUCAGAAACCCCGGCUGAAGAAAGGUCAAGAGUUUCCGAUUUUGGAGAAGCAGAACUGGUUAAUACAUCUCCACUAUAUCCGGAAGGAUUAUGAAGCAUGCAAGGCUGUUAUCAAAGAGCAGCUUCAGGAGACUCAGGGCUUAUGUGAAUAUGCUAUCUAUGUCCAAGCUUUAAUAUUUCGCUUGGAAGGAAACAUCCAGGAAUCCCUAGAACUCUUUCAGACGUGUGCGGUUCUCAGCCCUCAGUGUGCCGGUAACCUCAAGCAGGUGGCCAGAUCUUUAUUUCUUUUGGGAAAACAUAAAGCUGCCACUGAAGUCUAUAAUGAAGCAGCUAAACUUAACCAGAAAGAUUGGGAGAUCUGUCACAAUCUGGGAGUCUGCUACAUUUAUCUGAAACAGUUCAGUAAGGCACAAGAGCAGCUGCACAACGCCCUCCAUCUUAACAGGCACGACCUGACUUACAUAAUGCUGGGGAAGAUCCACUUGCUAGAGGGGGACUUGGACAAGGCCAUCGAAAUCUACAAGAAGGCAGUAGAGUUCUCGCCAGAAAAUACGGAACUUCUCACAACUUUAGGACUACUCUAUUUACAGCUCGGCAUUUACCAGAAGGCAUUUGAACACCUUGGAAAUGCACUGACUUAUGACCCUACCAACUACAAGGCCAUCUUGGCGGCAGGCAGCAUGAUGCAGACCCAUGGGGACUUUGAUGUUGCCCUCACGAAAUACAGAGUUGUAGCUUGUGCUGUUCCAGAAAGUCCUCCACUCUGGAAUAACAUUGGAAUGUGUUUCUUUGGCAAGAAGAAAUAUGUGGCAGCUAUCAGCUGCCUGAAGCGAGCCAACUACUUGGCUCCCUUCGAUUGGAAGAUUCUAUAUAAUUUGGGCCUCGUCCACCUGACCAUGCAGCAGUAUGCGUCGGCUUUCCAUUUCCUCAGCGCAGCCAUCAACCUCCAGCCAAAGAUGGGGGAGCUCUACAUGCUCUUGGCUGUGGCUCUGACCAACCUGGAAGAUCCGGAGAAUGCCAAGAGAGCCUACGCAGAAGCCGUCCGCCUGGACAAGUGUAACCCCUUAGUAAACCUGAACUAUGCCGUGCUGCUGUACAACCAGGGCGAGAAGAAGGGGGCCCUGGCCCAGUACCAGGAGAUGGAGAAGAAAGUCAACCUGCUCAAGGACAGCAGCUCUCUGGAGUUUGACUCUGAGAUGGUAGAAAUGGCCCAGAAACUGGGAGCUGCUCUCCAGGUCGGGGAGGCACUAGUCUGGACGAAACCAGUUAAAGAUACCAAGUCAAAGCACCGAACCACUUCAGCCAGCAAAGCUGGUGGUUUCCAGCAGCCUCUGGGCUCUAAUCAAGCUCUGGGCCAGGCGAUGUCUUCAGCAGCUGCACACAGGAAGCUUCCCUCAGGUGUGGGAGGAGUCUCCCAGCUCCCAAAGCCACCAUCUCUGCCUCUGGAGCCAGAGCCCACUACGGAAGCACAUCCAACGGAAGCGUCAGCACAAAUAAGAGAAAAAUAGGAGCAGGAUGACCCCAGAGUAGGGGUUUCUUUGGUGAGGAUGUAGCAGAUUAGGAAAGCUCACGUGACACAGGCAGCAAAGAGGCCAGCGUGUUCCCUGGGUACCAGGUGUGUGUGACAAUGAUCCCAAGGGACCUGCAGCCGAUAUGGCCUCCUGUUCGCCCAGUCAGCCUGGAAAGAGAAUGGAGCCCGGACAGGUCCUUUAAGAAUUAAGUGCAAGGCUCAUGGCUCUGUGUGUGUAGCUCCAAAUGCCAACAGGGCACAUGAUGCUGUUUCCUUUUGAAAUGACUUGGGCCUCCUGGAUGACUGACCCCAUCCUCUGUGGAGGGAAAGUCUGAGGCAGACCCAUGCUCAGGAAUCCGGUUAUGGCGAAGCUCGGCUUAGCCAACGUGAUCCUCAGGCUGUGGGGCUUGGCAGCCCUGAAGGCAAACACAAAUCCUGGAUUAGUAAUCCAGCUCUAACAGUCUGAGGGAACAAAAUGAUGAACAAACUUCUGUUAAGUUGAGGCCCAGCCUGUUGGCUCUCCGAGCUGCACCUGUCCAAGGGAAUCCCGAACAAGUCCCCCGUGUCUUGUUCUUGAGAGAAGUCAGAGUGUGCAGAGAGCCAGAUCAUGUCGGUACAAGCAGCAGGAGUGAAGGGCUGGGCUGGUAUCAGCACCAAGGAUGAAAAGGGAAAAAAAGAGUUUCUUAAUUUUGAUUUAAAACAAUCAAUGAUACCCCUGUCCAGAUGCUAUCAAUACAUCAUCUACACGUCCUUUUUAGAAUAAAGAUUAUGUAUUAUCAUUCCUUUAGGGAAAGUUGUUACUUAGGUGUAAAAAGAAGAAAUCACAAUAAAACCUUUUUAAAAGAA